GAAAAGAACAGUCAUAUUUUUCCACAUCAGUUGAAGGUCAAGUUCGGGUAUAAAAGAAGACAAGAAGCACUGGGUCCUUGCAGACACACUUUUUUGACUCACUGCAGACAUGCUCAGGUUUUUGGUGUUGACAAGUCUUGCAGCCUUGGUUCUGGCUGAGCUGAAGCCCCAGCCCAGGUACCUGAAGGAUGGCUUUGAGAGGGUUAUAGGAGGUGAGGUGGCUCAACCCAACACCUGGCCCUGGCAGAUCUCCCUUCAGUACAAAUCUGGCAGCAGUUACUACCACACAUGUGGAGGAACUCUGGUCCAGAGAGGCUGGGUUAUGACCGCUGCUCACUGUGUGGACAGCCCCCGGACGUGGCGUGUCGUUCUUGGUGAACAUGACCUCUACAGCAACAGUGGCAGAGAGCAGAUCAUAGAAGUCGGUCAAGUUUAUAUCCACCCCAAAUGGGAUGCUAGCAAACUGUCUCAGGGGAAUGAUAUUGCCCUGCUGAAACUGGCCUCUGAGGCCACCCUCAAUGCUUAUGUCAAGCUGGGCUCUCUGCCUCCCUCUGGCCAGAUUCUACCCAACAACAACCCCUGCUACAUCACGGGUUGGGGGGUCACUUCCACCGGUGGUAGCCUGUCCCCUGAGCUGAAGCAGGCCUACCUUCCUCUUGUGGACUACGCGACCUGCUCCAGUCCUGACUGGUGGGGCAGCACUGUGAAGACCAACAUGGUGUGUGGUGGAGGUGGAUAUGACUCUGGAUGCAAUGGUGACUCUGGUGGACCUCUUAACUGCUUGUAUAAUGGAAAUUACUAUGUGCACGGUAUUGCCAGCUUUGUGUCUGGUCUGGGAUGCAAUACUUUCCAGAAGCCUACUGUCUUCACCCGUGUCUCUGCCUACAUUGAAUGGAUGGACUCGAUCAUGUACUAAGUGGAAGAAUUGUUCAUGCCACAGAGACUAUAUUCCAUCAUGUUUUCAUCUACUGUACCGACUCACUUGUCCAGUGUCAUUCUGCAAAAAUAAAUGUGAUUACAUUUUG